UUUGCGUAAACCGGUCCGGUCCGGUCCAAACCAGGAGAAGCUCGUGUGUGUAAGAUCCGAGUAUCUCCCUCCCUUAAGUCAACGAAAGUGCUGCUGCUCAUUGUUCCUCUCAGAUCGAAGCGAAGAAGCUAAGCUAAGCAAAGCGACACAAUGGCGGCGAGUCCGAUUACGAGUCCGAUUCCGGUGGCGAUGUACCCGACUCUGUCGGUGUUCACUCUUGCGAUCGGCCUCAUCAUCACCGCUAUCUUCUUCAUCUAUGAAGCUACAUCAUCCACGAAAAACCGUAGCCUCGCCAAGGAGCUCGCGACUGCAGCAGUAGCAUCUGUUUUCUUGGGUUUUGGAUCGUUGUUUUUGCUACUUGCUAGUGGUGUUUAUGUCUGAUCAUCCCUCUUACUCAAAUACUAUCAUCCCCUCUAGUUUCAGUGAACAAAAGAACAUCUUUUUUUCUUUCUGUCCAACAUAUCAGAGUUAUGAAUGUUAAGACUUCAACUAUAUCUUUUAAUGUAAACGGAAUUUGAAUGUGGCCACUA